UCUUUGUUCGUGUAGCUAACUAAAUGAAAAUAUUUUUGUCACCAGCUGAUUGAUACGAGGGGAAAAUUUUGCUGCGAUAGAAGCCUUAGAUGGACAAAAAUGGCGUUUUCUCUCAGGAAGAUGCUUUCUAACAUCAAUUAUUUCGGCAAACCAGGGGAUACUGGGUACGAAGAGGCCAAACGGGCGCAAAAACAUUUUGGAGAAACAUCAGAAAGCAUAGAUUUCGAGAGAACGGAGCCCGACUCUACAUCCAGGUAUGCAACAAGCCUUAAAUUACCCGAAUCAGUCAAAAAUUUUGCUGCUAAGAAGUCCUCUCUCUCAGAUACUGACAUCUUAAACGUCCCUGAGACGCCAGUUUCAAAGAAAGCUAAAAGAAAAUGCAAGAAACUGAAGGUUGAUGUAGACGCAAGAAUUAGCGAUAGCCAGGAAAAUUCAGAUGACACCCCUAGCGAGAACACACCUAAACAUGUGCAUUUGGAAAUCCAGAGUGCUGAUAUAUUCAAAGACUUUGAUUUUAACAAGUCAUUUGAUUUUGGUUUGUCUGAUGAUGAUUCUGAUAAUGGUGAUAUCCAGUCUCUCUCAGAUCAUUCGGACUCCGAUGGUUCUAAAACAUCACGAGAGAAAGUUAAAAUGUGUCGCAAAGUACAACCAAUUCACGAAGAACAGUUGAUACGGUCCACCAGCCUUGAGUCUUUUGGAGAUGUGGAGUUGGAUAAGAAUGAAGAAGAAAGGAUCUCACUCCUCCUCAAUUAUCAAAACAAAUUAGAGAAAAUUGAUUGUUUCAUGAAAAAACUUCUGUCUGAUUUCCAGUUUAAUAUAGAAGUCUCUAAAAUAUUUCAUUGCCGAUCUCUUGUGCCAACCGUACCGGGGGGCGAAGUUAAACAGCCGAAGAUGCUAGAUGCAGCAUUUGUUGACAGCCGCGCUCCAAGCCCUUCAGGUCCAUGGAAUGUCAUUGUUGAAAAAGAAGACGUUAUCACCAAGCAAAAAUUUAAAAAGCAGCUCAUGUCCGUGAAACAUACUAUAGAUGAAUUUGUCAAUUGUUAUUUAAAUGAAAAAGAAAGAAAACCUUUUACAACUAAACUGAGGAGUAAGAAGAAAAUGCGACAUUUUGAUUUUCCAGAUCUCCGCGAAGCCAUGGUUAAUCUAUUUGGCACAGAAGACCAGGACACAGAUCUGUGCGACUCCAAAUGUGUCUGCAACUGUCACUCUCAGUCUGAAACCGACUCGGGCUUAACCUCCAAAUCGGAUGAAAGAUCUCUAUCAAAUCAGUCUAUAACAUCAUCAAUUGGUAACUUCAGCUUGGAUUCAUCCACCUUAACAGCUUAUUCCGAAUCUCUCGAUCAAAUUGUCAGCUACUGCAGCUUCCAAGACACAAGCCUGUAUUGUGACUUGCUGCAAACACCAGCCAUUGAACGUAUCACAUUCUACGUACAAGUCCACAGCGUUCAACUCAAGAGUGAAGCGAGCAAUCAAGACUUUGAAUGCAAGAACGUUAUAAAAUUCUACUGCCCAACUUGUAAAGUCACCGAAACUGACGAGAACAGUCUGCUACGUCACAUUUUGAGCCAAACACAUUGUGAGAAGAUACAUUUCCAAUACAAGACAGCGUAUAUAAAGAAGUGUGUUGCUGCCGGAAAAGAAAUACAGCCAAGUACAGUGCUGAAUCCGAUGACAAUGUACCGGGAUGUUAACAAGAUUGUCUGCUUUGGAGAAGCUGUGUACGCCUGCUCUCUGUGCUUCGAGAAUCCUAUCGCUGGCGAAUCCAUCCUGAUGGCACACAUUUCAGAGCCUGAACAUAUUGAGAGACGAGAAAAGUUAGAUGAAAUCAUAGAGUAAGUGCAUGAUUUUUUUUUAUUAUCUUAAAGAGCAUGUGUGAAUAUUCUACUCAAUACUUGUGCAAUCAAAUAAUAGCUUAUGAAGUAACCCGAUUUGCUCACAUUUGAUUAUUUCAAGCUUAAUACACACAGUUGACUCAAAUACACACAUACUCUUUAAAUUUGCAUUGUAAUUUAUAUGAUUUAAAUCUGUUAAGAAAAUUAUAGCUAUUUAAAUUCUAAAUUCAUUACAAAUUUAGAAUUGCAUAGAUUUUUUUUGACAGAAUUGUUCGCUUUGCAAUAACUGUCGAAAUAUUAUUUGACAGUACAUUGUAAUGCCGUUUAUUAUGUUAUGUAGUUUCUGUCCUUUUAUUUAAAAUAAAACACAAACAUGAUAAAUGAAAUAAUAUAUUGGUCUUCCCUUUAAUCAAAAUACAUUUUUAAACUAAAUCAAAGGACAGAAAUAUAAUUUAUUUAUGUUUUUAUUAUUUACUCUGAACUCUAAAAUCAAUUCUAGUUUCUUUUCUAGACUUAUUGGUUACCAUAUUUACAUUUUUACACAAAAAUAAUAGUAACUUUAAGUAGUAUCCUAAAUCUAGCUCAAAUAUUUACUUUUCUUCAAUUCGAGUUAUCUUUUAUACUAUACUUUCUUAUUUAUCGUCUUUUUUACGAAAAAAAAGCGGUUAAUGCCAUAUUGUUGUUGAUAUAAGGUUAACGUUGUUUUUGUUUGAGUUUGCUGACCAAAUCCGCUAGAUGCCGCUACUGCCUAUGCCUACCAAGCUUACUUUUCUUACUAUUUAUUAUUAUUUCUAAUAUGCCUCGAAUAUUACACAGUUAAGCGUUUAUUUUCAAUAUAAAAUUAAUUAUAUUUGAUUUAAAUUCACCUAUUUAAACAUAUCCUUCGUAUAACAUCUAAGCAAUGAAUUAACGUCUAUAUUAAUAAUAAAGUUAUUUUUGCUAUUUUCUGACAACUACUUACUAAUCUUUCGACUUAAACUAUCAUUGAUUAUUAUGUAAAAAUCAAUUAAUUUUUUCUUUAUUUUCUCUUAAAUAUCUUCUAUACUAAAAAUCUUGGUUCGGCACUAGCGGCAUCUACCGGACGGCGCAAACAUCUAGGUGCUCACUGCCGAAACUCAAGUUUGAUGUGUUCAUGAUAUUUCCCGCCCAUUUUACUGAGAUUUAGAGAAAUUAAGGCCAAUCGAUAAAUUAGUACCGAAGCAUUCGUUUUCUUAUGAGUCUUGUAGACAUGUGGCUAUUCUGAAGUUGUUUAUGUCCAUGGGCGACGAUGACCGCUCUCCAUCAGAUCCGCCGCCAUACAAUCGAAGUUAUGCUAUCAUUUUAGAACGUUCUGACACACACAUUCUGAAAUAACAUCAACUUUGACAUGAACGGACAACAAUUUGGCAGGGAUUUUGAUAUCCUAGACUGGCAAGUGUUAUUUUAAAUGUCAAACAUCUAUGAAAUUGCACAGUCUGAUGGGAUAUCAAAAUCGCUGCCAACUUAAAUUGGUCUAAUUCUAUGUCACGUAUGUAAAGAAAUUAGAAUGAGCAGAAGUUUUACAUAUUUAUAAAACAUUUACUUACUAUUUUUUUAAGCAUAAACCUCUGAUACAUCUAAGCUACAUUGUCUACUACGGCGGUAGCAUGGUAGGAUUUUUAUCGCCUGUCACUUUCGCAAUUACAUACUUGUUAGAACGUUACAGAUAAAAAUGCGUCCAUGCUACAACCACUGAAGUCUAUAAGAAAACGAAUCUGCCCUAAUUUAUUUUCAAAACAGGGUUGACUAAAGACUUACCACAUUUUGAAGUUUUUUGUUCGUAAUCUAAGCUUUUAGCACUAUUGUGUUAGUUAGAGUAAGCACUAGUAGCGUAGCAUAAGUAGCCUAUAGGUGAAAAAGCAUAAUUCAAAAUUCGAAAAAAAAAGUUUUUUUUUAAGUAUUUUGUAGUAUGUGAUUCUCAAAUAGGCGAGAUACUGGCUUAAUUCAUGUACCAACGUGUUCAUAUUGACAUUUUUUACUUAAAAAAACAGCUAUAUUACUACUUUUUUUAAACAGAUAUAUUUUUAAUAGAGACCAAUUUUUGAAAAUAAUUUUAAUUUCUCUUUUGUCGCUGGAUAUGGUUUAUUUUUUAAAUUUUAUUUUGUAUUCUGUAGUAGCAUAAAUUACACAAUAGAGUACAUUUUAACAUCUAAUUAUAUUUGUCUUAAUUUAAAUAUUAAAAAAAUCGAGAAAUUUUUUCACUGAACUGUAAUAGUUUUAUCGAAAUAAUGAAUUAAGCCACCAACUAAAAAUGUCAAAACUGUUAAUAAAUAUGAUCUCAAUCCUGUAGAUAAUCCACCCAACCCAAAAGACUGAUUAUUUUGAUGCCACUGUUGAAAAUUUGAGGUUAUAAGUCAAAAAUUUAGUAAAAAGUUACAAAUUAACGUUUUAACAAAAAUACUGUUGUCAUAUGAAAAAAAAAUAGAGAAUUUAUACAUGGUUGUGCAUUUAAAAGUAGAUUGUCCGUUGUUUUACGAAAUUUUUGACUUAUUUCAUUAUACUGUCUCGCCGCCUGUUCGUACUCUAAGAUAAUAUACAAUGUGUAUGGUAGAAUUAGAUAUGGUUAUUGUAAUUUUUAAGAUAUACUAACGCUAUCUAUAUAAAAAGUUAAUCUAAUUAAAUAGGGACAGUAGUUAUAAAUUGGAUCCACUUCUAUUUAUAUAAACAAAUUAUGUAGCUCAAUUUCUGUUGUUAUAUUUCAAAAAUACCAUUGAUAUUUUGUUUUCUGACGACUUGAAAGUUCCAUAUUUAUAAACUCGUAAGAAACAAAUAGGCACGCAAGAUUUUAUUCGUAUUAUACAAUUCUGCAAGAAUUACCUAAGUAUUUUAAUAAUUAGUAAUCAGUUUUAUUUACUAUAUCUAAUAUAUCCUUCACUUAAGUCUGAAAAAUGUAGUACAUACACGGCAGUAGGUUAAAUGUUCGCGACCAAGUCUUAUAAUUCAAAACAAUAAUCAAAUAAUCUCGAAUACGAUGUCACUUUAGAAUAAUUAUCUAUUUAUUAAGAUAUGCCAUAUUCUCAAACUCUGCUUUAAAGUCAAAAGUCAAUUUACACAUAAAAUAGAAACGAAAUUUAUUAAAACGAUGCACAAAACAUUCCAAGAAUAUGUAUUUAAUGUAAUCGUUUAAAUUAAAAAAAGUAAAAAAAAAUAUAAUAAACACUACGCUUAUGUAUGCAUGUCUGCUAACUUUAUUUAAGAGGGCAUUUAAAACAUAAAUGGUUCCAAUACUGGGGUCGUCUGUAUUGUAGGAGUAACAUUUAAAUAAUAGUCAAAUUUAAAAUAAUAGCUGCCCCCAAUUUUGGAGUUAUAUGCGUAUAUUAAAUAAAAUUUCAUAAUUAUUGCUCUUUUUUAAAGUCUUGGCGUGAUACCUUGUUUUAUUUAAAUCUAGUUUUGAAAGUGUUAAAAACAUUAUCUUUUUUUAUUACUCUAAUUUAAAAAAUAUGGUACAUAUGUUUUAGACAAUAGAUUUCGACAUAAUGUAAAAUAUCUGUUUUUUUUUUCUUUUUACUUAUUACUUAAUUAUCUUUCUACAAAAAAGAGGAUAAUAUGAUAUUUAUUUAAUACGCAGUUAGCUCUAAGCUUUUUUCACAUUGAUCCAAACGGCCAUAAGUGAAUAUUGAUGCAGUUUUGACGUAACAAAUGAAACCAAAUGAUUUUAAAUUGUUUAAUAUAAUAUUUACAAUCAUUUACGUCACAUCCCACUAUUCGCAGUAACAAUAGAACCUCAAGUCACAAGUAAAUAUAAUUUUACUGUAUUCGUUCGUAUAGUAUUUAAAUACGAUAAGGGAUUAUUUUCUGUAAAUAAUCACGGAAUAAAAAUCAGGUUUCAAUUCACAUCUACAGAAGAAUAUUUUGCCUUCUCGUAGAAUUUCGGCACUAGUUGUUUAUUCUUAUUUCGUAAUUAAUUACAAAAUAAUGUAAAAUCCUAUAUGCAACCUCAAAUUUAAUUACGAAUAUAACAUGACAAUAUUCAGCGUGGCCUUUAUGGAUCUAUGAAAAGGGACCUUAUUGUCGAUGGCGCUUACACCGCACAGCGUCGCGCGGCAUUGUAUUUAUAACGGUAACGGUAACAAUAAGGUCCCUUUUCAUAGAUAACGUCACAUAUGUAUUUUAGUUGAAUUGUACAACUACAUAUCGGAUCAAUGUGGGUCAAGCUAAAUUAUAGAUACCACUUUAUGUGCUCCAAUCGUUCACACGGUGUUCAAAAUUCCAAUAGUUAUUUGGUGCCUUUCAGCCAUGCCCUGUCGAUUAAUUGCCUUAUUAUUGAUUGUAAUAAAUUUCGGACCACACGGAGCCUCUGAAAGUCUCACAACUUUUUGUAUCAAAAGUGACCGUCACAUUUGACACUGACAUAUCUAAUCCAUAUCGUUUCUACAUCUAUUACAAUUAAUAGAUCUAGAAACGAUAUGGAUUAGAUACGUUAACCUCUAGCCGCCCAGAGACCUAUAAAAAGGUCUCUUGUUCCAUUUUAAUUUAAACUUUGUGUUGACAAAAUAAAGUUUCAUUUUGCUUGGCAAGGUUUGACGUAUGGGCGGCUAGAGGUUAAAGUUCGAAUCGGGCCGGUACGCGUUUGCGUUAAGUGUCAUUUUGUAUUGGAUUUUGACCAAAACGUCCCGCUUGGCGUACACUAGGGAUUCUGGACUAUCAAGGUGUUUUAUCGACACGUAUUCUUCUCUCUUUAUCAGCUUUGUGAGAGAGACGACGGCUUACCGCGAUAAAAUAAUAUGCUAAUAAAUGACAAGUUCAAGUAAUCCGAUUAGUAGCAGCGACUUAAUCGCGGUUUAGAAAUUCAGAUGAUAACCUACAUACUAAACGGCUAAUAAUAAAAAAAUAUUUUAAUUUUUUUUUUCUUUUUUUUAAACGUAAUAUAAAAUAUUGACCUGAGGUACCUAACUUUCCAUAAUCUUAUAAAUUUAAAACUUACAUGGAUUGUUUUUUUAACGUUUAUUAUGAUUAUGUAUGGUAACAUUUCACAUACACAGUAUUAUACAAAAAUGGUCUAUUAUUUAUUUGUAAAGAAAAAAAACUUAACAAAAACAACGCAUUUGGUGAUUUAAAAAAAGGUAGGAUUUGGGCAUAGCUUCUUAGUACCUAUUAUUAAAUUAACAUAAAAAUUAAUCACUAAUAUAAGUUUUGGUAUUAUACCUUAUCUUAUAAUAAGUAAUUAACUUUGGCAUAAUUAUAGUUAUUCGUAUUAUAUAUAAGAGCAUUAACGGGCAAUUUUUAAUUAGUCAGAAUAUAUGUAAGAUUCUCAAAAUUGUUCACAUGGUCACAUACUGAGAAUAAAAUAAAAUAAACCAACUACUUCUAAGGAUGCUAAAAAACUCUGUGAUUUUUAAUGUUGAUAUCCAAAUUGUUGUUAUAAUAGUUUUUAAAAAUACUAAAAGAAAUGGUCGUAUAGUAUUGGAGAUAUCUAUUCCACAUUCAUCACAUUUUUUUUAUUUUUAAGAAUUUAAACAGAAUUUUGCACUACGAAAUUCAUACGUAAAUUUUCUUAAAAUUGGUAAAAGAUUAAAUCUUGACAAGUAACAAAACUUCCCUAUAUCUUUUACUGAUUCUAGUAGCAGCAUUAUAAAGAUUAUAUGUAGGUAAUACUGCUAUUUAAAACAAACUAUAUAAAAAUAUAUAUACAGGAAGCUCAUUUUUGGACCGUUAGCCAUAUUGUGCGAGGUGAUUAGGCAGGCCACACUGAACAACUUUUUCUACGGGACCAACUCCGAAAUCACAAAAAUUUUUUUGGCCGGUUCAUAGAUUUUGGUUGUGGACGUUUUCUAUGGAAAGGCCAAUUUUUUUUUCGGAUGUCAGGGUUGGUCCCAUAGAUAAUUGUUCAGUAUGACCUACCUAAUCACCUCGCACAAUAUGGUCGAAAACCCUGUAUAAUGGCUUAUAUAUCUCCGAUAUUAUGCGACCUAUAGCGGCACCGUAGAAAGAUCCAACCGAACUUUGACUACGCUAAUUUCCAUUUUGACUUUACUAUACUUUUUUCAUAAAGGUUGGCUUUUUCAACGGCGUCGUCUGGCCGAUUCGGUACCGUAUCUGUGAUCUCCAAAGUCGUGUUCAUAUCAUGUAACGGUCGUUUCAAGCAUUGUCAUAAUCUUACGAUUUGUAUGGACGUUCUCUUGUAUUCUUAUUUUAAUAUUUAAGUGUAACUUAUACAAACUAAUUCAAAGUUUGGAGUUUUUCAUACUUUCCUUGAUUAUAAACUUAUUUCGUUGUUAACAUGUAAUGUAGUAAAAGGAAUUUCGUAGUCCGUACCUAUACAGUCUGUGCCUUUAGGUAUUUAAAUAAAAUUAAACAAACAAUUUGUAAAUUUUCGGGUAGUUAUAACAUUUAUUGGUUAACCAACCAAAUACAAAACCGCCUGGAUCUGUAUUUGAACCACCUGACAUUACGACCUACAUUAUUUGAUCAUGUAAUGUUUUCAUCUACACUCAACUGGCAUAUGGAGCCAUUUGAUGGUAGAUUUUGUUUGCUUUUAUUUAAAUACCUAAAGAUACAGACUAUAAUAAUGGUAGCAUUGACAUAGAUAUCUAGGGACUGGCUUUACGGGCAAUAAUAAUGAGGCAUGACAGGGGUAAGUACAGCGGUGUGACACCGCUACAACGCGAUUGGUUGAUGAGUUCGCAUCACGCAAGCGAUUGGUUAUUGAGUUCGUAUUACGCGCGCUAUUGGUCGCAACUAAUUGCAAUAGACUGCACGAUUGGCUGGAAUUCGUGAGUAACACCGCUGAACUAGUACCAUUUUUAAUGCCCGUAACGCUCGUCCUUAGAUAUUAUACGUCAAUGCAUGGUAGUUUAAGAGUAGGUAAUAAAAUUGAGCCCCUAAUAUAUUCUAUGAGAAAAUAACGAUAUGUGUUAUACUUGCCGUGAUGCUGUACAGGGCAACAUAUAGGUCUUAGUAAAAUUAGAGCACUCCUUGGACUGCUAAUAUUGAGUUAUCUACUCACUACAUUAGGAUCAGCUUGUAAGAAGUUACAAAAUUACGAAACUAAGCCUUUAUAUAAAAGAGUAAAGGAUGAAAAAUAUUUGUUGGUUUAAUACAAAACCUUGAUCAGAGUUAGUCCAAGAAAAGUCUGCAGCGAUAUUGAUAGCCAACACAGUGCAACUGUUAUUUAUACGUCAUAUUUUCAUAGAAGUUUGAUGAUUAAAAUAACACUUGCACUGCGUGGGCUAUCAAAAUCGCUGCAGACUAUUCUUGGUCUAACUGUAGAUAUGCAUGUUUUUUCAAGUUUCUGCUUUUCAGUAUUUUCUGUUCACACUUUUCGAAUAUCUUUCUAAGUUUCUACACAUAGUUCUGUGUCAAUGCUUGCAACGUCCGACUGUUGGUUAUUUUUUGACUGUUAUCAUUUUCGUGGGACACCGGUUUUCGACUGAUUAAACGUGUGAGGUUUGGAA